AUGUCACUUCGUUGGGGUAUUCUCGGCACCGGAAAUAUUGCCACCACAUUUGCCAAUGGUCUCAAGCAAUCCCCUCUCAAUUCUCUCGUGGCAAUUGGCAGUAGAUCCGAUGCCUCGGCCCAAGCUUUCGGGCAAGCCUUUGGAGUUACCAAAGCCGCUUGUUACGGUACCUACGAUGCCUUACUCGCUGACCCCAAUGUUGACAUUGUUUACAUCGCCACACCCCACCCUCAACACUGUGAGUUGGCUAUAAAAACCGCAAAGGCCAAGAAGCACAUGCUGGUUGAAAAGCCAAUGGCCAUGAACGAACGUGAAGUUCAAUUGAUUCUCGAUGCAGCCAAAGAAAACGACGUGUUUUUGAUGGAAGCUUAUAUGUACCGUUGUCAUCCCCAAACUCAAAAGGCAGCUGAAAUGAUUAAGCAAGGUGUAGUUGGUGAAGUUAAGCUGGUUAAGGCUAGUUUCUCCUUUGAAGGUUAUUCCCUCGGCCCUUCAUCUCGACUUUGGCGCAAUGAACUCGGUGGUGGAGCCCUUAUGGACAUUGGUGGCUAUCCUCUUUCCUGGGCACGUUUAAUUGCUGGUGCUGCUCAAGGUUCUUCUCCUCUUCACCCCACAAUUCUCAAAGGCGUUGGAAAUGUUCAGAAAGAUACUCAAGUUGAUGAAUGGGCCAUGGCUUCGCUUGGAUUCGAAAACAAAAUUGGCGCUCAGCUGUUUGUGGGUGUGUUUGCUGAUGCUGACUGUAGCGUGGAAGUAGUGGGUACCAAGGGUACAUUGCGUGUACCCAACCUGUGGCGUCCUGAUCUUGCUGUAUUGGGUCCUACUCAAAUUGAGGUGUCCGAACACGGAAAGGCUGCUGCGAUAACACCUAUUGUUCUUGAACAGACAAAUCUUUUCACCUUUGAAGCAGAAGCUGUAGCAAAAGCUGUACUUUCUGGCAAAAAAGAGUGCGAUUUUAUGACUUGGGAAGAUUCCCUGAGUCAAGUACGUUCUAUGGAUCAGUGGCGCAAAGAAAUUGGCCUAGUUUAUUCGGCUGAUAAGCAGUGA